CUUCUUUUCCGUUGGAGUUUUCCAUAUAAAUUCCGGACAAUUGUCAACUACGCUGUCAGUCGUUAACAACCUAUAACCUCCGCUAUCGUGUCGCGAUGAAGUUCUUGUGGUUAAUCAUUCUGUUCGUUCACGGUGAACGCUCUGUCCUAGCUCUCCCUCAUCCCCAAGUGAUGGUCACCCAAAUUCCAUCUCCAAACCGAGUGACCCCAGUGCCAACCUUUCGACAACCAGCAAAUUCCUCCACCACAGCAUCACCUCCUCCCGCGGCACCCCCUUCGCCCACGCCCUCCACCAUGGAGCAAGACCUAAAACGGGUGGCCAUGCUGGGAAUCCUCUUCGGGGCCGUCCAAGGCGAAGCCGCCAUGGAGCGGAAACUGAACCGGCAGCUGCAGGACCUCAGCCGGACCUUCGCGGUGUCGAAAUUCGACGCCAAGACACGCAAGGUGGCGGCCCUCGAGCGCACCAUGGAACGGGACCAGGUGGCCAUCGGCAUUCUGAACGGUGCGCUCGAUUUGGCCACCAAAACGAUGACCUACGAGCAGUACAGGCGUGAAAUGAGAAAACUUUCAGAGCGCGCAAAGCAAACCGCCGGAGCAUCCCUUCCCCUGCUGCGGAAAAAUCCCGGCACGAUCAACCCCAACCAGACGGACUACGACCUGAAGCAGAUCAAACGUGAGGUCAACCGCCACAUCAAUCGGAUGCGCAGCGGCCUUUCAACCAAGAUCAAGGAAACGGUCCAAUAUCUGGAGAGUCACGACGCUCUGGCCACCAUGGACCAGGUGGAUGCGGCAGCAGUUAAAGCUAAGAUAACCAUGAGCGGAACUAAUCGGUUACCGGACUACAGCUUCUACGAAGCGGUUGUGCAGAGAGACCUGGAGAACCACAUCGAUGCGUUGUUCCGGCGAAGGCAAGAUGAUGACGAUGAGGGUGGCGAGGGUGGCGAAAAUGGAGGGGAUGAUCCAGCGAAGGGGAAAGAUAGUAAGGAAAAUGGAAUUUCGGUUUCGUUGGGAGGCGAUGGAGAUGAGUCCGAGUCGGAAUCGGAAGAAGAGAUGCCCGGUGGGCUGGUAGGAUUGAUUGCUAAUUUGAGCGGUGGAGACGAGGGCUCGGAUGUUGGAGCACUGGUGGGGGCGCUGUCGGCUGCUAUCACAAAUAUCUUCGGCCCCGAUGGAUUGGACGUACCUGGACUACUGGGAACAGGUGCAGGUCUGCUUGCUGGAUUACUCGGGGUUCGUUAA